UCAGCGACUUGUUUAAAAGCGUCUCAUAAGGGCGUCUGUUUAGUUAUUUAUUUGCUUUGCGAAGUUUGUUUUUUUGUGUGUGAGAGGAAAGAGUUGCUGAAGGUGACGAGUAAGGUGACAUCCGAAGAAAAGCUGACUCUGAUCUUCUUGCAAGAUGGCAUCAAGCGUUUUUAUUGAUAAGGAAAAUGGAGACCUGGGAAGUACCGCUUCUGCAAAAAUACGACCACGGCUGCAGUCUGCACCUGUCAGUGCUAAAGGCAGCAAGAUGGUAGCAAAAACAUGUCCUACUCCUCACCCUGGAAAGAUGAAUGGGAAACCCCCUCAGUUGAUUCGCAAGGCUCUGGGAGCAGUGAACAAAGCGGAGUCAUCAAAACCUGUGAUUGAACAGAAAACCAUUUCUAUGUCAAAACCUAAAGUAUGUGCUCAAAUUGCUAAUCCCAAAACCUAUCCAGAAAUUGAAAAGUUUCAUCCAUAUAAUCCAGCAGAUUUUGAGGAUUGCUAUAGCCUGCCAGAAGAGCAGAAGAUCAGUCAUUUAUGUUUUGCCCGCCUUGCAAUGCCAGUGUUUGAAGAAAUGGAUGAUCCUCUUGAUGUAGAAUGUCCAAUGAAAUUGUCUCCAUUGAAACUAUUGAAAGAAACUUCUUGCACAGAUGCGGAUUCUUUUCUGCAAACUAUUGCUGAGCUAACGGACAUUCCACUACCAUCACUAAUGGACUACUGAAUUUUUAAUGUUGCUGCCUUUAAAUUGAAGGAGGGGUGUGGGUGUGUGUUUAAUUUUAAAUUUUAUAUUAAAGUUGUUUCUUAAAUGUCA